AUGAGCCUGAGUAGAAGUCGUGAGAAGUCGUCAGUCACAAACAGUGCUAGCAGUCACGGCCCAGUGAAUGUCACAGACCCGGGUAUAUCCACCGCACCUACGCUAACGCAGGAGAUAAUAAGCACGAUACAAGCAAUACCUAAUAUACAAACAACAUUGGGGGAAUUAUCGGAAUAUCUCAGAGUGAUCAAAGAACUAACUCAAGGUAUAAAGAACAUUAAGAAUGACCUGUGGGAGGAAGAUGGUUUCGACUUCCGUAUCUCUCAUAUUGCUGAACAACAAGAAGUGGACUCAGGAAACAUUCAGGUGCUGAAGCAAGAGAACAAAAUGUUGAAAGAAGAUAUAGAUAUGUUAAAAUCUGUAGUUAUUAACUUAGACAGAACCGUCAGAAAACAGCAAAGCGAGAUCACAGAUUUAAAAAUACCUGGGAGUCGAAACACUUUUGCAAACAUACAUCGAAACGGGCCUAAAAAUCCGGGUAGACCAAGAACUAUUACGGGUCGACUAGAGAAAUUUACUGAUAAGGAGAAAGUCCUCCAAGCACAAAAAGACAAAAGAAAUAGCGAAGGGUCUGGCUCUACAGAACAAUCAAAUACACCUUUCUACAUUACCCCACACAGACCAGUAGAGGUAGCUGAAAAUCGGAAAAAACUCCAAGAAAUAAGUAACCGGUAUUGGAAAGAGAAUGUGAAAACACGUUUCGUAGGAGACAAGUUAGUUUUUCCUAACGGAAACACAUACAAAGAAAAAGUGUUAAAACCAAAGCCUGAAAACAUUUUGCUAGUGGAUCAAGCAGAAAAAGAGGCACUUCAACAGAUCCAGAUGUCGACACUAGAAACCUCCACAGAAGGGAACGAUUUUAAAAUCGCGGCAUCUACCACAGCGACCUUUAACCAGGUCAGAAACUUCUAUAAAAAAGUUGUUAUGGACUCAAAUUACUCAAACGCGGAUCACAAUAUAUUGGUAUAUCGAUUCACAGACAAAAACGGUUUGAUCCACGAGGGGUAUAACGACGAUGGUGAGCACGGGGCUGGGAGAAGACUUCUUAAAGAUCUCCAAUAUCUCCAUGUUACAGACAUGACAUGUAUCAUCUCUAGAUUCUUCGGAAAAUAUCUUGGCUAUCGUAGAUUCCAAAUUAUGGAAAACCUCGCGGCAGACAUUGUUCUAGCGCACCGAGGUGAAACGUUGGGGUAA